AUGACUACGAACUUAAACCACCUUAUCCCCCAAAAACCACCGGAUAAGAGCCUUCCUUCCCAAAAAGGAGAACUUCAAUGUUUCAAAGAUAAACUAAUUGAAGGCAUGCAACAGUCUAUAACUAUUACUGAAGCAUCUACAUUUAUGGAUACUACAACUAAGGUCCAAGAAAUAGUUGCCCAGCAAAAUCAUCAAAUGCUGAUAGAGGAAAACACAAUCCAACUAUUAGAGGAAGACCAAGCUCGAAUUUAUCAACCCUGGAAAUUCUCUCUCAUUAUAAAGCUUAUUGGUAAGAGAAUUCAACAUCAUAUCUUAAAAAAGAAAAUCCAGGAAGCUUGGAAAAUCAUAAAAAAUUUCCCUCUCAUCGAUUUGGGAGCAGACUACUACAUAACUAAAUUUAAAUGUCAAGAGCACAUGGUUAAGGUUUUAAAUGCUGGCCCAUGGUUCAUUUUUGGCCAUUUCCUCUCCAUCCAAAGAUGGAAGCCUAAAUUUGUGGCAACGGAAGUUAAAAGCUCCCUCACUGCCAUCUGGAUCCGUCUGCCCCAAUUGCCCACUGAGUUUUGUGAUGAAAUCAUCUUGGCAAAAAUAGGAAACGCUAUUGGUAAAUUACUGAAAGUUGAUGUGUGCACCUCCUCCACUCUAAGGGGUCGCUAUGCGAGAUUAUGCAUUGAGCUUCCUCUGGAAAUUCCGGUCAUUCCUGUCAUAAACAUUGGCCAUCACAAACAAACCAUCCAAUACGAAGGAGAAAAUACCCUAUGCGAGCAAUGUGGAAGAUUAGGUCAUGUGGCUUCAAAAUGCAUCUAUACAAAACCACCUCAAACACCAAGCCAAUCGAUGGAAAAUCUAACUGUUAUGCCUGAAGAGAGGAUCAAUAACAACUCAGCUAAUGAGCUAGCCUAG